GGCAACGCGUGGGAGGAGCGCGCGGCGUUCGACAAGAAGCCCAAGAAGUACCACCUGGUCAAGGUCGACGCCGAGCGCGAGCGCUCGAUCGCCAACCUGCUCAAGCCCUUCGACGUCGAGAUCGAAGACGACAUCGUCGAACAGCAGCAGCCGACCAACAAGAACGCCAACAAGAAUGACGCGCCCAAGUACCCGGCGUCGAAGCUGCCGGUGCCGCUGCAGCACGCGAUCAAGGCCCUCACCGACUCGACGAUGCUCACCCAGGCCAUGCGGACCGCCGGUAUCGACACGGACGCCAUGCCGCUCGGUCGCCUCACCAAGGAGGACAUCGAGGCCGCCAAGCAGAUCCUCGCCGACAUCCGCAAGCUCCUGCACAAGAUCCACCCACCCGCGACUCCGGCGGCCGCGGAGGAGAAGGCAGACGAAGACGACGAGGAGGAGGAGAACGAAGACGAAGAUGAGGAGAACGAAGACGAGGAGGACGAGGAGCGGCCCAAGAAGAAGAAGAAGACCGCGGCGGCCCCUGCCACCGCCACCGGCGGAGAGAAGCCGAAGGAGCUCACGCUCGACGAGGCCCGCGUGUUCUUCGAGCAGAUCGCCGAGCUGAGCAACCGCUUCUACGAGCUCAUCCCCCACGCCAACUACACCGUCGAGUCCAUCCCGCCCCUCGACAACGAGAACCUCCUCAACGAAAAGUUCACGAUGCUGGGCAACUUGGCCGAGAUCCAGACGGCGUCCAAGAUCCUGCUGGGCGCGCACUACCGCGCCAAGGAGCUCAACCCGCUCGACUACUGCUACUCGGCCAUGAACAUCCGCCUCAACGACAUCGAGAAGGAGACGGACGAGUACAAGACGCUCAUGACGUACAUCAAGAACACCGAACAGGGCGCCCUCCGAGGCAAGUUCAUCACCAACAUCUACAACCUCCAGCGCAAGGGCGAGCCCGAAAGGUUCCAGAAGUGGGAGGAUUUGCACAACCACCAGCUGCUG